AUGAUAGAGGAACAAUGCAUCCAACCAGAAGAGAUAAACCCUGAUGUUAUGGCAGUCAAAGAUGAAAGGAAAGAGGCUAGGACUAAGCCUGUGGACAAGUUGGAGACCUACCCACUAUUCAGAGAAGAAAGCGACAAGGUCUCCAGCAUCAAUUCGAGCUUAGAAGAAAGCCAAAAGGAAGCCGCGACAGCCUUAGUCCAAGGGCAUGCCUCAAGCUUUGCCUGGAAGCCCUCGAAUAUGCCGGGAUCGAUCUUAAGGUCAUAUGAAGAGAAGACCUCCUUCAUAGCUGAAGAUGGGACAUAUUGCUAUAAGACUAUGCUUUUUGGGUUGAAAAACGUCGAGGCAACAUACCAGCGAUUGAUAAAGAAAAUCUUCAAAAACCAAAUAAGGAGAAUUGUAGAGGUGUACUUCGAUGAUAUGGUAGUUAAAAGUAAAACUUUUCAGCAAUAUCUAACUGACCUAAAAGAUGUAUUCCAGGUACUAAAGCAAUACAAAAUGGGGUUGAAUCCUGCUAAAUGA